AUGGCUCGGUUGCUUAAUGAAAAGAUGGCGAAAGGAAGUAUUACGACAGUGUUGACCAUGACCACGCUGAGCACAAUUGCUAGGAAGUCCCUCCCAAAGGUUUCUUACGUGACGGCAAUGGACCUCUUCGUUUCAGUUUGCUUCAUUUUUGUGUUUGCUGCCUUGAUGGAGUAUGGCACUUUGCAUUACUUUACCAGCAACAGAAAAGGGGACAAAGGAAAAGAAAAGAAGGCAAAAUCCAAACCAUCAAAACCACCUGCAAUUGCUGUUCGACCUGGAUCAACACUAAUUCCAAUUAAUAACAUUAAUCAUCUACCUGAACGUGAUGAUGAUUAUGGAUAUGAGUGCCUAGAAGGGAAAGACUGUGCUAGCUUCUUUUGUUGUUUUGAAGACUGCCGCACAGGAUCUUGGAGAGAAGGAAGGAUACACAUCCGUAUUGCAAAAAUUGACUCUUAUUCUCGCAUCUUCUUUCCAACUGCCUUUGCAUUGUUCAAUCUUGUUUACUGGAUUGGCUAUCUUUAUCUAUAAAUUUCAGAGGCUUGACCAACUCAGAAAAAGGCUAAUUCACCAUUGAUUCUUAAAACUUAUUGAGCAGUCAAAAAUUAGAGCUGGUCCCAAGUCAC